AUGAGUGACGAUGGUGCAGCGACGACCAACAAGGCGACCGAAACGAUGACCAAAGAGCAGAGCAAACGUAAACGCAAGGUGCUCAUAAUAGGUGCCGGAAUGGCAGGGCUAUCGUCGGCCAACCACCUGGCGAAAAACGGCUGCAGGGAUUUUCUCAUUCUGGAGGGGCGCAACCGGGUCGGGGGUCGCAUCGUCUCGAUCGAUAUGGGAUCGCAAAAGAUCGAACUAGGAGCAAAUUGGAUCCACGGUGUACUUGGCAACCCAAUGUUCGAGCUGGCCAUGCAGCACGGGCUGAUCAGCAUCAUCAACAUACCAAAACCACACAAGGUAGUUGCUGCGACCGAGGAUGGCAAGCAGGUCCCGUUUCAGAUACUGCAGGAAAUCUACGAAGCGUACGUGUGCUUUCUGCGGCGGUGUGAGGAGUACUUUCUGUGCCAGUAUCUGCCACCGCCCGACAUUCACAGCGUCGGCGAACACAUCAACCUGGAGGUGGAGCUGUACCUAAACAACGUCGAAUGCCAGAAGGAGAAGCGCUUGCGUCAGCUGAUAUUUGACUGCCUGCUGAAGCGGGAAACGUGCAUCACCGGGUGCCAUAGCAUGGACGAGAUCGAUCUGCUCGAGCUCGGCAGCUACACGGAGCUGCAGGGAGGCAACAUUGUGCUGCCCACCGGGUACAGCUCCAUCCUGAAACCGCUGUGCGACAAUCUGCCAAAAGAAAACAUCGUUCUUUCGUGCCCGGUGCGGCGGAUUCACUGGAAACGGAAAGCGGCACUACGGGCCGGAGCGUCGAUGACGGGAAGCGCGGCCGAUACGAUUCUCGAGGAGGAUGAGGACGAUGGGAACGAAUCGGAUGACUCGGAUCGCACCGUCACCGAGGCACCGAUAGCGGGUGAAGAUUCACAAGGCGGAGUAGCAACGGAGGAACAGAAAUCGAGUGAAACCGCAAGGAUCAUUAAAUCCUCUACGGCCAACGUGGUGGUGGAGUGCGAAAAUGGGAACGUUUACGAGGCGGAUCAUGUGAUUUGCACCCUUCCGUUGGGGGUGUUAAAAGAACAGGGUGAAACGAUGUUUGUGCCCGCGUUGCCCCAGUACAAGAUCGAGUCGAUCGACAGCUUGCUGUUUGGCACGGUGGACAAGAUAUUCCUAGAGUACGAUCGACCCUUUCUCAACGCAACGAUCAGUGAAAUAAUGUUGCUUUGGGAACAACGAGAAGUGAUCGAGGGCAACGAUGGUGCGGAGUCCUCGGACGGGCCAAACCAGGAAGACGGUCAGUGGCUGAAGGAGAAUUGGUUCAAGAAGAUAUACUCCUUUUCAAAGCUUUCCGACACGCUACUGCUCGGUUGGAUAUCGGGCCGGGAGGCCGAGUACAUGGAGACACUGUCGCACGAGAUCGUGGCCGAACGGUGCACGGAGAUCCUGCGCCAGUUCCUCAAAGAUCCGUUCGUGCCGAAACCGAAGCGGUGCGUUUGCACCAGCUGGAGGAGACAACCGUUCAGCCGUGGUUCGUACACGGCCAUCGCCGUUGGAGCCUCGCAGGACGACAUCGACAACAUCGCCCAACCGCUCUACUCGAGUCCCCAUCAAUCCAAGCCCUCGGUGAUGUUCGCGGGCGAGCAUACGCAUGCGAAUUUUUACUCGACGGUGCACGGUGCCUACUUAAGCGGGCGAACCGCGGCUCAGAUCCUACUGACGCCGGACUCUCCCCAGGAGAUUGUGAUGGAAUCGGACAGCAGUGAUCUCAGCUCGUGGAUUCAGGGCAUUGCGCUAGAUUAG